CUACUUUCUCCACGUAUAGUUUGCCAGCUCUCGGACACAAUUUCUGAGUUGAGGGUUCUCCUACUUGUUCUACUGAACCUGGAAGCGUCUGCACCUCGAGGUCUUCGGAAUUCCUAGAACCUCACCAGGUCAUUCUUAGCAACAACAGCAACCAUGCUAGACCUAGCAACCCGUCGGAAGAUCUGCGAAGAUACGAUUUUGCGUUCUGCAUCCAUCACCGAAGAGACUCCCGGAGCGUCCCUCAAAAGCGAAUUCAUUUCCUCUCAGCUACCCCUUCUCGACAACCAGCAUCCGGCGUUUCCAUCUCUCACCCUCAAACCCAUCAAGAUACACAACAGCGACGCCUUCGAACUCGCGCGUAAACUCUAUCCCAGCAAAGGCAAAGUCGGUGUGUUGAAUCUCGCAAGCGAUAUACAACCUGGCGGCGGCUGGCGCUAUACCCUCUCCAAGACGCAAGAAGAGGCUCUGUGCUACUCCUCGACUCUGUACGCGACGCUGAAGCCGGAAUGGUAUCCAUGGCAUAAUACCGGACCUCGUUCCUGUGCCGGUAUCUUCUCGCCAGAUAUCGUGGUGUUCCGGGACACAAUCGACAAUGGGCUCGUCGAGCUACCUGCCGCAGAGAGACACUUGGUGUCCGUCAUUACGGUUGCAGCGCCCUGCCUUCCGAAGCUUACGGAGGAUGGGGAGCAUUUUGCAGUCGCAAGCGAUCUUAGGGAUCUUCGCGAGAAGAUCAUACUAACGCUGAGGAUGGCGGCCAUGAAAGGGGUGACGAAGCUGGUGCUCGGAGCUAUGGGGUGUGGUGCAUACCAUUGUCCACCUCAUGUUGUCGCAGAGGAGAUGAAGAAGGCCAUUGAGAGGGACGAGUUCAAAGGCUGGUUUGAGGACUUGCCGUUCGCGGUGUACGCUGCUGGACCUGUGGGUAGGCAAAACUUCGAGGUGUUCGAGAAGGUUUUCAAAGAGCUCGCGAUAGAAUCAUGAUGAACUAGAUAUGCCGACACGAGGAAGUCCAGUUGCACUCAUUCUAUUUACCUUUUGCCU